CAUGGAUGCCUCCGAGGUCGAGUUCUUGGCUGAAAAGGAGCAAGUGACUGUCAUUCCCAACUUUAGUCUGGACAAGGUCUAUCUUAUUGGGGGUGACUUGGGUCCCUUUAAUCCUGGUUUACCUGUAGAGGUUCCUCUAUGGUUGGCCAUCAACCUUAAACAAAGGCAGAAAUGUCGCAUUGUCCCUCCACAGUGGAUGGAUGUCGAUAAACUAGAGGCUAUCAAAGAUCAAGAACGCAGAGAGGAUACAUUUACUCCAAUGCCAAGUCCAUAUUAUAUGGAACUUACUAAACUAUUGUUAAAUCAUGCUGCAGACAAUAUCCCUAAAGCAGAUGAGAUCCGUACACUUGUUAAAGACACAUGGGAUACAAGAAUAGCAAAACUCCGGCUCUCUGCUGACAGCUUUGUGAAGGGGCAGGAAGCUCAUGCCAAGCUGGAUAACCUGACACUAAUGGAAAUUAACACAAUCGGAACAUUUUUUACUGAGUCUUUAAACCACAUGUACAAGCUACGUACCAGCCUGCAGACCCCAGAGGAAGGACAGUCACAGGAUUACUAACCAGUUGUCACUAGAAUGUGCAUAAUUACAUUGUGAGGCUGCAGUCAACUGUCUGCUGAGAACAAGACAUUUUAGUAGCCCUCUGCCAAACUUCCUGCUUUUGGCAUGGACAAAAGUACGAUGUGCCGGUGGCUACAAACACAAAGGCUUUUGGAGACUAUAUCUGUACUCUACAGCAGUUUCAUAGGAGUUAUUACAAACACAUCCCUGUAUUCCAUUCCAGCAGCAUUGGCAAGGAAUUUUGUGCAAACUGGAUCAGCAAAGAAUGUUCCUCACAAUUUGCAAGUCUGAGCAGUUUCAGUACAACACAGUACCAAGCCUAUUACUGCUAUCCUCUUAUGUCUAUAAUGUACUGCUUAAAAGAGGACACUACCUAAAAACCUUUGGCAAUAGUGAAAGAAAAUUUAAUUAUAUGCAACCUUAAAAUAUACAUUAGUACUAAAUGUUCAGUGGUUUUGUAGUUAUUUGUAAAUGUGGUUGCUACUGAAAACAAUAUCUGUUUGGCUGUUUAUAUUCUCUGCAUUCCUGGUUCUGACUCCUGAAAAGUAUAAACAAAUAUAUUGUUAUCAGUUGCAGUUACUCGUACAUAUAACUUUAAAACUAUUGGCAUUUUUAAUCAAUAUAGGAACAUUGCUUAGAAUACUUUCUUUGGGUGGAGAUCACUUUAAAGAAAAUCGCACAUGGAUUAGUACCAAUAUAUUAUAAAUUCCAACUUUUAUUAUCAGCAGGAGAGAAUGUAGACCAAAAUCCAUACAUCUGUAAUGAAUUGUAGCUAUUAUUUAACAGAUUUUAUUCUUUUGCUUGUAGGCAUUUUUUUUUCUAAGCUGUAAGGUAAAUUUCUGUACAUGAUUUAUAUAUUUUUUUUAUAAACAAUGUAGAGUAAAUGAAUUUAACACCA